CCACCUGUCAUUCUAUUCCGCAAGCUCUCGCCAGCCCCUCGCUCAAGAACUCUCUAGAACACCCACGCUCCAAAACACAUCCGUCUCGGGAGUCGCUCGCCGGGGCUCACUCUACAGUACAAAAGGCCGCCGGCGCAUCCUUCUAGGGAGUCCCGAGGCUCACGCGGUCAACGAACCCUUCCAAUAACUCACUCUCGGCUCCGUGGUGAUGGACAUGGACGGCUUCGGCCUCCCGGGGGCAGGCGGGUAUGGCCCGAUGGGGAUGGGGGACUUCGGCGGCCUUGGCGGCCUCGGCGGCGAGGACGACGACGAGGCCAUGAGGGACCUCUACGCCGGCGCGGGCGCCGGGGCAGGAGAGGGGGGCGAGGAGGAGGGGGACUACCCGCCCGCGGAGAUGAAGGUGGGGGAGGAGAGGGAGAUCGGGAAGGAGGGACUGAAGAAGAGGCUGGUGAAGGAAGGCGAGGGGUGGGGCCGCCCCGGCGCCGGCGACGAGGUUGAAGUGCACUACACGGGGACGCUGAUGGACGGCACCAAGUUCGACUCCAGCCGGGAUCUCGACUCUCGGUUCAAGUUCACCCUGGGCCAAGGCCAAGUUAUAAAGGGGUGGGACUUGGGCAUCAAGACCAUGAAGAAAGGUGAAAAUGCUAUUUUCACUAUCCCACCAGAACUUGCAUAUGGUGAAGAUGGCUCCCCUCCAGUCAUCCCUCCAAAUGCCACACUGCAGUUUGAUGUUGAGCUUCUGUCAUGGGCGAGUGUCAAGGACAUUUGCAAGGAUGGUGGCAUCUUCAAGAAAAUACUAGCUGAAGGAGAGAAAUGGGAUAACCCUAGAGACCGUGAUGAAGUUUUUGUUAAGUAUGAGGCAAGGCUUGAGGAUGGGACUGUUAUAUCAAAAUCUGAUGGUGUUGAGUUCACUGUGAAAGAUGGGCAUUUCUGCCCUGCCAUAUCCAAGGCUGUCAAGACUAUGAAGAAGAACGAGAAGGUCCUCCUCACUGUCAAGCCACAAUAUGGCUUUGGUGAGGAAGGCAGGCCAGCCUCUGGAGAUGAAGCUGCAGUGCCUCCUAAUACUACGUUGCACAUUGAUCUUCAAGUGGUGUCCUGGAAGACAGUCACUGAGAUAGGCAAUGACAAAAAGAUCAUUAAGAAGAUCCUCCAGGAGGGUGAAGGCUAUGAUCGUCCAAAUGAAUGUGCAAUUGUCAGAGUGAAACUCACCGGGAAGUUGGAGGAUGGUACCUUGUUUGUCAAGAAAGGCCAUGAUGGUGAGGAUCCAUUUGAGUUCAAGACUGAUGAGGAUCAAGUAAUUGAAGGUUUUGACAAAGCAGUAUCUAGCAUGAAAAAGGGAGAAGUGGCCUUGGUGACUAUUCCUCCCGAGCAUGCAUUCGGAGCUAAUGAAACAAAGCAAGAUCUGGCUGUAGUUCCUCCUAAUUCAUCCGUUUGUUAUGAAGUGGAGCUUGUGUCCUUUGAUAAGGAGAAAGAUUCAUGGGACUUGAAGGACAAUGCUGAGAAGAUUGAAGUGGCUGCUAAGAAGAAAGAUGAAGGGAAUGUGUGGUUUAAGAUGGGCAAGUAUGCCAGGGCUUCUAAGAGAUAUGGGAAGGCUUUGAACCUCAUCGAGUACGACAACUCCUUCAGUGAAGAAGAGAAGCAGCUGUCCAAAGCACUCAAAAUAAGCUGCAAGCUCAACAAUGCUGCAUGUAAACUAAAACUUCAAGACUACAAGGAAGCUAAGGAACUGUGUACCGAGGUCCUGGAGCUUGACAGCACAAAUGUGAAGGCCUUGUACAGAAGGGCACAGGCACACAUGCAUCUUGUUGAUCUUGAUUUGGCGGAGGUGGAUAUCAAAAAGGCACUAGAAAUAGAUCCAGACAACAGGGAUGUGAAGAUGGGGUACAUGAGGCUGAAGGAGAAGGUCAAGGAGUACAACAGAAGGGAUGCCAAACUGUACAGCAACAUGAUUUCCAAGCUGAGCAAGCUGGAGCACCCGGAAGCCGAUGACCUCGGAAGCCGGGGACCAAGCAAGAAGCAUGGCCUUUGGCCAUUCGCAGCGCUGCUUAGGAGGCUGUUCACCACCGACGGCAGCAAGGGGUCCACGCUGUGGCUUGUGCUGAGGCUAUUGGUUCCGGCGAUGCUAGUGAUUGCAGUCUGUGUGGGUUACUAUAUGCAGAGCAGUGUUCAAGAAAUAGACUGCAUUAAAUGUUAACUGUGGAAGAUAUCUGUGCUUGCCUUCUCUGCUGUUCAUGUUCAAUUGUUAUCAAGAAGUUGAUGAUCGUAAAUACGGAGUAAUAUUUGUUAAGGUGGAACGGUCAAAUUGUUCUGGUGAACUUUGACUUGUGUAAUAGACAUACUUCAGCAAUGUUGCAAGUCAAAUAAUAGGAAUAUAUUAAGUCACACAAAAAGGUGUCGUUAGAUUUGAAUGUACGCCCUGCAAUCACGAUCUUGUGGUUUGUCAACCAUAUAUUCUUAAUGAGAUUUAUAGCCAAAAUUUAAUUUGGGAGACCGUA